UGCUGAGAUAAGUUGUUCUUUUCUCUAGUGCAGUGGGUCAGCAUCAGACCUAGUUUUGUCUCGUCUUCGCCGCUCGGAUUUACUUAUUUCGUGAUAAGAUUGUUUCAUUUUUGCAUGCACAAGUAACUGGGCAAUUUCUGCGUUUAACUUGAUGAUUAAUAUGGAGACCUUUACGUAUGCAUUAUGGUCGGGACCGUUAGCGUACAUGCCGGCUGAUUAUCAGUGUGCCGUGAUUGCAUUCGCUGUUGUGUUGUUAGGAUUGUUAUGGUAUCUGAGACGCGCCAAGAAAAAUCUUCCUCCUUCACCACUCCAGUUUCCUAUAAUCGGUUGCCUACCGUUUCUGGAUGCACUGCCGCAUGUGUCGUUUACAAAAUGGGCCAAGAAAUUCGGAAAGAUCUUCAGCUGCCGGCUGGGCGGUAAUAUGGUCAUCGUGCUGAACGAUGCUGACCUAAUACGUGAGGCGUUUUCCAAGCCGGUCUUCAACGGACGUCCGCAUAUGUACACCGCACAAGUUACCAGCAAAGGCAUGGGAAUAUCAUUCGCAUCUGACGAGACAUGGCCGGUGCAUCGCCGGUUUGCAUUUAAAACCUUCAAAACACUGGGAGUGGGCAAAGGCCAGUUCGAAGGGCAAGUUGCCGAAGAAACUGAGCGCCUAGUGAAGAGCAUUGCCUCCACCAACGGCAUGCCCUUUGACAACAAGACCUUUCUGCAGACGGCGGUGGGGAAUGUGCUGUGCGGUGUGCUUUUCGGGAUGCGCUACGAUGCAGAGAAUCGUGCUACGUGCACCUUCUACGACAACAUGAACGCCGUCUUCCAGUUCUUCGGCACAGCCGGCGCACUGAACAUUUUCCCGUUUCUACGCAUCAUCCCCACGAUCCGGUACAGUUUCUCCAAAGUGGUCGAUGCGCUGGAGGGAGCAGCGCAGUACAUUGCGGAGUUCAUCAAAAACCAAGAAGACUGCUGGGAUUCAUCGGUAAUUGCCGAUUUCACGGAUGCCUUCAUCAAGGCCAGAAAGGACGAGAAGACGCGACUAGGUCGAUCAGUGCUUUUUACCGAUCAGCAAUACAUCGGGGCUGCACGAGAACUGUUUCUUACGGGGUACGACACUACUACUUCAACUUUAAGAUGGGCUUUUCUGUACAUUGCGCGAGACCAAGCAGCACAAGCCAAAAUCCAGCAAGAGCUGGAUGAAGUGGUCGGGAAGGCGCGCUAUCCCAAUUACGCCGAUCUGGCCAGAUUGCCCUAUACCCAGGCUGCUCUGUUUGAAUCUCAACGGCUGAGCUCCAUCGGUCCGCUUGGCAUACCGCAUCGCAGUGUGGAGGAAACCGAGCUGUGUGGCUACACUAUCCCCAAAGACGCAUGGAUUUUUACCAAUUUAUGGCAUAUUCAUCGUAAUGAAGCCAUUUGGAGCCAACCGGACGAAUUCCAUCCGGACAGAUUUCUCGAUGCUACCGGCACGUCGCUAGUUAUUCCAAAGGAUUUUAUCCCCUUUUCAACUGGGAAACGGUCUUGUCCUGGGGAAUCAAUAGCCAAAAUGCAGCUGUUCUUAAUAUUUGCCACGGUACUGCAGCAGUUCUCGCUGGAGCUCGAGGGCGAAUGCAGUCUGGAACCGCAUUCGAAUGGAAUAACAUUAGAUACGCACGAUUAUUUACUACGCGCCACAGCCCGAUAAAUGACAAUUCAUCUGUCGCGACCUGUCGACGGCAGACUGGCAGCCAUUGCCGACAACUGUAGUUCCUAGACGCACAAUUGUUCCCUAAAGAUGCCUGUCACGAUGCAUAAUCGGACAGUUAAAGAAGUAUUUGUUGUCAGAAUGGGAAGUCGUUACGGGUUUCUAUUUAUUACUGUAAUCUCAUGUACUCCGCUGGAAUGCUCCGCACGUGAAUGUGUCUACUACGAAAACAAUGCUGGCUUGAUUACAUUA